AUGGUUGAGCGUUGGCACCGCACCCUCAAGGCAGCAAUUGUAUGCAAGGACACAACCAGGUGGAGCGAACAUUUACCACUUAUCCUGCUAGGCCUACGGACUACCUUCAAGAGUGACAUCCAAGCAUCACCCGCCGAAUUGGUGUACGGAACUACGCUGAGGAUUCCCGCCGAGUUCCUAGUUGAAGAGUCCCGGUCAGCUACAGCUGAUCAAUCGGACUUUGCCAGGACGCUCCGGGAAGGGAUGAGCCACAUUCGCCCGCCAAAUACCUCGUGGCACGCGGACAAACCUACCUUCAUCCAUGCCGACUUAAGCAAGUGUAGCCACGUAUUCAUACGUAACGACACCGUCCGCCCUGCACUAACCACACCAUACCAUGGUCCGUACCCGGUAAUUAAUCGUAAAUCGAAGUCUUUUCAGGUUCGACUCAACGAUCGACCUUCAUGGGUCUCCGUGGAUCGCCUGAAACCGGCGUAUAUCGCCAACGAUUUGAGUAGCACUCCGCAACCUACCAACUUCCAACGGGACUCUUCGCCCUUACCGAUGCUACAACAGAAGACCACACCCAAUGCGGCAGCGACUCCAGCCACAGAGCAGAAAACAUCGACCGUUGUUACCAGAUCGCAACGGAAGGUCAUCAUCCCUGCGCGAUACCGGUAA